AUGUAUCAGGGUUUUUGGCUAAUAAGCCAGUUUGGAUAUAUCCUUCCCCCACUAACAGGUGCAUAUAAUGCAACUUCUACAUCAGUAUCAGCAGAUUCCGCCUGGUCCAAGCUAUGGAUAUUUUCCUUCCUACAAUCCAAGCAAAAAUGUCUAUCAUGCAUCCAUACAAUUGUCUCCUCUCCAUAUUUUACCCCUUCCUCUAUCGCUCAAACUGUCAAUGACUGUGCUGCUACUCUCCCAGCAGCAGAGUUCUCCAAACUCCUGCAACAGCCCAACAUCGAGGGUCACACAGCACUGUAUUGGGCGAUUGUAAAUAACCGGCGAGAAGCCCUUUGGGUGUUUAUGAACUUCAUUCCCAAAUUAUUGCCUGCUUCCUCCUCUGACUUGCGUCUUGCAUGCAUGAUGGUUAGCGACCACACAUUGUUCACACAACUGGAUGUAAGUGAAAAACUUAACCCCGAGGAUGACUCCUUGAGACACUUUUUGGGUUGUCCACUCGAUGAGAUUCAGGUACAAGAGCUGGAUAAUGGUUGCUUUAUUGCUUCUUUCCAGAUGAGGUCGUUCCAGAAACGCCUUCGUAUUACACUCGGAAUGGGCAUAGAAUUUGUUGCUAGGGGUAUGUGGUCUAUAUCAUUUAUCUUCCUCGCACUGAUAGGAAUAUGUUAUUCCCUGCAGGCCGUAUAUGGCUGUUAUGGUUUUAUUUGGGACCAGACAGGCAGUGGUAUGCAGAGUGCCUACUUGCAGAGCAUAGCUUGCCAGUACAAGGAAAUGUUGCAAUUCGGAUAG